AUGGGUGCUACUUGUGCUGGAAAAACAGGGUCUCUGCUUCAUGUUCUCAGUUUUUCAAGAAUUGUAUUCUCCUCAGGGGCUGUGCUGAAUCCACCACAGCAACAUCAGCGGGAAGAAUCCCAUUCAAAUGAUGAUGGCUCCAUUGAUCCAGGAAGUGAUGUACAGCAAGACCAAGAUUCUCUAUCCCAAAGAGAACACUUGGCCACAGAUAUGGCAACUGAAGAUACCGAAGUAUAUCAAAGGCGUAUCAGAGAACUUGAGCAUGAGUUGGAGAAUGCCAGGAGGGACAACGGCAAGUUAGUUUGCCUGCUGAAUGAAAUUGAUCAACUUGUAUUACCAGAGCUAUCUGAAUGUGUAGAGCUAAGACUCUCAGAGAGGCUGAGAGUGUACCUCGAAUGCCUGUUCAUGGAAAAGCAGGAACUAGAAGGCAGAGCAUUCACAGCAGAGAGGACCGUGGAGGAAUUAGAGCAUACAGUGGCUGUUCUUCAGGGGCAACUGCAAGAUGCUACCUGUUCUUUAGCACAGCCAGGAGAAAGCCAGCAGCAUGCAUCCUCGUCUCCUCAGCCUUCUCCUACCCAGUCUUCUAGCAGAUUCUUCUUUAAAAUUAACAAGAAGUCUGCAGAAAAGAUCACAGCAUCAAACUUGCAAAAACAAGGUGACGCUGUCUUGCCAAAGCAGAAAUUGAAGAAAAGACUAGUAAAGAUUCAUCGGCAAGUUUUGUCAAAACCAGCAGCCAAGCCUAGGAAGGUUUGCUUGUCAAAGGUAGAAGGACAAUUUACUGAACACAAACAAGAUUUAUCCCCAACUAUGAGCAGUUCUGAAGCAGAUUCCCGUCGAAGUACACUUCAGUUUCCUGAAGCUUCCGUGACUGACAAGAAUCAAAAAAGUGGAGCUUCUGGUGAUGAACAUGGAUCCAUUAAUGAAGAUGAUGAAGAUAACCAUGUCCAUAAACGAGUACCAGAAGAAGAUACUCUUAGCACAGCCAGUACUCUUUCAAUGAUGGCCUCACUGAAUUUAAGAAGCAGAGAUGAAGCUCAUGAAUUUCUUGACCACUCUUCAGUCAACCAAGACCGUCAUAUUAAGGAUCCAAUGUUGUUGAAAUUUGAAAUAGAAAACUUCAGUGGAUCAUCAAAAGAUGCAUUUUUGUUAAGUGGGGAGAAAUGCAAGGAAAAUGAGAAUCAUGAAUGCAUUGCUAAGAAGCCUACAGAUUCCACUGGUCACAGCAUUUCUCAAAAGCCAGAAGUUCCAGUAGACUUUCUACAGCCUGCUGUUGGAAUAACAAAGUCCACCAGAAACCCACAACUCACUUCCCUUGUUGCAGAGGGAAUUCUGGAAGAUGAUAGCCUGAGCUUUUCUACUGUCUGCAAGUGUGAUGACCCAGUGGCUCUGAAACCAACAACCGGCCAUAUUUUGCCUGCUGAGGAAAUGCUAUGCAGCUUUAGUCUUCUCCAAGUAAAACCAGAAGAAGCUGCCUCUAUGUCUAAGAAACCUGUGUCUCCAGUCAAGACAGGAGGAGGAAUUGUCUCUGGAGAAAAAUGAAGCAAAUGUUCAAUUACUACCCACUUUCAUCAACUCCUCAGAAAUGAAAACAAACUCUGUUUGAAAGGUGCAUCCAAGGUUAGUGAACCACAAGAUGAGUCAUAGAUCUCAGCAAAGCAUGAUUCAUGCAGUUCCACUGAAAAUGAGCUUGGGGGAUAGCUCCCAUCUUAGAUUUGCACACCAGAGAACUGCUGCCACUAUUAAAAUGUCUCUCUUUUGAAAAAUAUGGAAUCCUCUCUUGUCACUGAAGUAAAGAUUUAACCAGAGAAAUGAACUUCAGGGCAAGACAUCCUGAUGAAACCUGAAGACAGAAACCAUCCACUGAUCACAGUGUUGUCCAUCAAAUCACAUCUACCUUGAAAAUUUAAACGUUACCCUCACCUUUGUUGGAUUUAAUAGGGAAAUGUGCUGACAGUUAAAGUAAUUGUGUACCUAUUGCAAGAGAAUGGGGUGUGGUGGUGGGAAGCUUAAGUAUUGUUUAAUAUUUAGCACCAUUAGCAAAGUUAAACUGCAUAUGCACGAUAUUAUAUUCCUUUCAGAUAUGGGAAAUGGGUAAGCUGAAAAUUAGGAAGAAUAACAAACUGUUUCCUAUAUUGUCAACUUAA